CUCCAAAAGACACGGAAACAAGACGGCUCCAGAGGAGGAGGGAAUCCAGCUGCCGGACGCGGCCACUCCGGGCGCUGCAUCGAUACGCGGCACCUUUCCAGACUCUUCCCUUGGAUCAGCCUGUACACCCGUUCCAGAUUGGUGACCAGGUCCUUAUCAGGAAAUGGAAGCGUGACCCCCUUACACCGCGGUGGGACGGGCCACCUACGGUCUCGCUCAUCAGCCAAGCUGCAGUUAAAGUCCUUGGGAGCGACAAGUGGACGCACCAUACACGGGUAAAAAGGUUUUUGGACCCUAACCAGGCAACCGAGUCAGCAGAAGAGGACACCAGCCCUCUGUCCGCCCCGGCACCGGAAGCCCAGGGUGGCACAGGCGAAGACUCUACCUGGGAAUAUCAAGGGCUCGAUGGACUGAAAGGACUCUUUAAGAAAAAGAGACAAUGAAGCAAUCAGUAAUAUUUCUGCUUCUAUACAUCCACUAUAAUUAUGGUUGGGAAAACAGGUUCAUGCAACUAGGGGAAAUUAUAGCAAAUUCUUUUAACCUUAGCAACUGUUGGAUAUGUGGGGGACCGGGAGAAUUAGAUAAAUGGCCUUGGGUAGCCCAGCCAGUGCAACCCAAGUGGUGGAUUAGUAACCUAAGUAUAGUGCAUAAUGGAACAGGAAUAUGGACAGCGGAUAGUAGUCCCUGGCGGCUCUAUUCCUCCGCAAUGGGCUUCUUGUGUCUUAACCGAACAAGACAGGAGGGAGUAUAUUUGGGAACAAGUACAUGUGAGUGGACCCUAGCCCUUGGAUUUGAUUGUUACCAAACCCACUGUCAACCAUAUGACUGUUCUAAAUAUCAAGGAAGAUGGAACCAUACACAUGUAAAACUUACUAAUAGUAGCUGGGUAAAAUGCUCCUACCAACAUGAUACAGGUCCAGGUUGUAGGGCAGUAGGACAGGAUGGAUUUUUUGAUGCCCUUUUUUUAAGUUGCCAACAAGAUAAUACCACGAGCAAGGAGCACGUAGUACGGUGGUUUCAAUGGGCGUGGCAACACUAUAAUGGCACCCGUACCCACUUUAAACACUUUUGGUCUAACACUAAAAACCCAAAGUGGGGCUGUAAUUGUAUCUGGAAAUCAGGGGCUGGGGCAUGGAAAUGUGAAUAUUGCGCUCCCGACGGCUCUCAUGACAUAGUAGGAGGGCCCUUAGGGUCAGCGUCUGACUUGUAUUAUGAAGAACCAUUGGACCCCGAAACCUGGGAUGAUCCUUUUGCUAAUGGGACUUGGGCCCUAAAAGGUCACUAUUGGAUCUGUGGCCAAUAUGCCUACAGAAGGCUGCCUCCCAAUUGGACAGGCGUAUGUUACGUUGGAUAUAUUAGACCCCUGUUCUUUCUACUACCCCGAAUAUCGGGCAGUAAAUUGGGAAUCAAGGUUUAUGAUGAUCUCAUAAGGGAGAAGCGGUUCGUGGACUCCUCCUUGACCACCGGGAGCUCCCAAAAGUGGAAGACCCAGGAGUGGCCUCCUGAAAGAAUCAUAGAACAUUAUGGACCAGCCACAUGGAACCCUAACGAGCUAUUGUCUGGGGCCAGGGAGCCUACUUAUAAUCUAAAUUGAAUAAUUAGGCUACAGGCUGUUUUGAAGAUAAUCACUAACCAGACAGCUACGGCCCUCGACCUCUUGGCUGAUCAAUCAACUCAAAUGGGGAAUGCAAUUUAUCAGCACCACAUGGUCCUCGAUUAUUUGUUAGCA